CCAUCGUUCAAUCGAAUAAAUAGACCAUUCUUAAUGACGUUAUGCUUUACUUAGUACUAUUAUGAAUUUUGAGUUUGACUACUUGGCAAAUAACAAGGCCAUUUUGUGAUUCGGUGCACAACAUACGACGAUGAACAGCUUGGCGUGAUAUUAUCUCUGGUUGGCCAAAAAAGAUAUCGAACAGCAAGUAUUGUUUGUCAAGCUGCCAUUGUGGCGCUUGAUUUCGAAUACGCCUUCACGUGUGCUUGGCAGUACUGUGACCACCCCAGCAUGUCAUCAUUUAUCGUAGAAUUAAUGUAUUUAUUGACUCGAGUUUAUUGUGGGUGUCAACGGUGAGCAAUUCGAGCCGCGCAUAUGGCUGCAACGUCCAAAGAAGGCUUAUUAGAACUUAGGAGGGUCACAGAGUCAAAGAUCGAUCUGCACGAAGACGACAAUGAAAUCCCGGGCGACGUUUGAGGACUGUUCUGCGAUGUUUUUGAAGAUGUUCGUCUUGCAAAAAAUAAGUACGAAAUCCUGGUCACGUAAAUUUUGCGCUCUUUUCGAUACAAGUCCGCAGGGUGUCAGGCGGUUGGAGCUGUUCGACAACGAGGAGCAAUUCGAAAAGGGCACUGGAGGAAAGAUACUUGUCCUUGAGGAUGCCGUUAAGGUUCAGACGAUCUCGCGGAAGGAUAGCGCCAAAGACAACAAUCACGCACACCACAAAGACAAGGACACCACAUACAAUAUAUUUGAGAUAACGACGGAAAAACGUAGUGUUCAAUUGCGCGCCGAAAGUCCCGCCGAGCUUCAGGACUGGAUGGACCGGAUAAGGAAGGUGGCGUUUCCCGAUAAGAACCAAAAUAUCAUGCACCACAACAACAAUUCGAACGUUGAACUGAGUCAUAACAUGAGCAGUCAUAAUAAUAACAGCGACAACAGCAAGCCCAAUGGGUAUGCUGUAAGAGAAAACGAUCUCUACGGAGCAGUUGAAGAUACGUUCUGUGUAAAGCUUGUGAGUACGCCCGCUUCGGAGAAAUGCGGCCUAGAUCCCACGGAGCUAAACUACGUUAUCGUGCUGACGGCAGACUCGAUGAUUCUCAAGUACGGCGAUCUGAACAAUCUUUAUGCGAACGACGAAAAGUCUGACAAGGCCAUCUUCGAAUGGCACUACGCGUACAUCCGAAGAUACGGUAUAGUCAGCGGAUUCUUCAGCUUCGAAGCUGGCCGUAAAUGCCCGUCAGGUGAAGGCUUGUUCUCGUUUGACGCUCCAGACGUUCGUAAGAUUUUCGAAUGUUUGGCGAGCUAUAUGAAAUUGGCGGGUGAGAAACGUCGCCAAAUGAAGGCUGCAGAAGCUUCGAUAUUAGUGACGGGAACUCCUUCAACAGGGCGGCUUGCUAUAGCAGCAACCGGGCCGGACGAUGCCAAAGCGCAUGGGAAGUCAAGAUUGAAGCUUCAGCUUAGUGCUGGAUCUCUCGACAAGGAUAAGGUGAGCCACGACGAGAACUGCGAGGGCUGUAGACAAAUGAGUAGCAGUAGCAGCGGCAGCUCAACUCACGAAAACGACUCGAUCACUUUCGGGCGAGCAUGUGCGGUACCUCAGACUCCAGUGAGCAGUAUAGCCGUCUAUGCGAAUAUUACUGACCCUGACUCGACUACAAGCCACUCGGCGUCAAUGGUUAAAAAACAGAAUGGCCACGGGAGUGUAGCCCUAUUGAAUUCAAUAAAUGGACCUACUAGAGGUCCGUCAGUGGAACACAUCGUCGUUGGCGAUGGCGUCGAAUACGCUCGGGUGGUCAAAACGCACUCUGGGCCCCCUCCACCGCCUCCGGCCCAGAAGGUCACCCAGUCUAUUGCGAUCACGCGAAUGCAGUCAAUCGAGACACUUGAACAGGGCGCAUGCUAAUGAGCCAGAAAAGAUGAUAGAGCAACAACAAAACGUCAUCAGUGGGCGUGACAGAAGUCAUCAUUUUAGCACAGCCAAGCCUCCGUUGGUAGUUGCUAAAAGAUCGUUAGCAUUCCAUGGUCAUUUUGAUAGCAGACAGUUUAGUAACAGUAAUAACCGGACAUAAACUGUUAUGUACACAAAUACACAUAAGUAAUAUUUAAGAGUGUAGCAAUGGCUAGAGUCGAACAAGACUGAGGUGUAAUGCAGUUUGGUAGAGAUCGAUCACAUGGAAGGUUUGGCGUUGCAUUUCGUACGGACCGUAGGGGACUCCUGAUAAUCGCGCUUUAUAUGCGCGACGAGAAAACUCUUUUCAAAGAAUAGGUGGCGGCAUACUAUGGUUUUAUUCCGAAAGAGCUGACAUAGUCGCAGAUUCAUCCUUAAGAUUUGCAAAUAGAUCUGCGAUCCACCUUCAGUAGUAACAAUUUGAAAAUAGAGCGUGACGUAAAUCAAAUAGUUGAAUUUGCACGAACUUGAAAAAUGAUAUUGCGUUAUAUUUGCCAAACUGUGGUUAUAGGUCGUCUCAAAAUAUCAUUAAUAAUAUCAGUUCCAUUAAUAAUACGAUCAACUGCCUGAAGUAAAGCUUUGUCGACUCUGUAUAAUAACCACAAAAAUGCUUGCAAAGGGCCUGUUCAAAAGCCAGGCUUCAACAACGAGUCAAGUGGAUUCCACAUACAGAUGAUACAUUACUAGUGGUUUGCUACACAUUGUAUAUGGCUAUGAAAUCAUACUAACAAUAGACGAAGUGUCAAGGUCACAUUUUAUCGUAGCGUUUUAAUUAACUCAAUCACGGUUUAGCCUUUAGUACGGUAGGAACAGCAAACAUCAUUUCGCUUGUCAUCUACGUGGCAUAUGAAAAUGGCAAAUUCUGAUAGAUGGUGGAUCCGUUCUUAGGCAAACACUCAACGGCAAUGCUUAAUCAGAGUAUGAUAUUGAAUAGAAGUCGCGUGAAAAAAAUCACUAGUUUAUCACAAAUAAAUGAAUCCAUAGGCUUUCAAUGGACCGUCACAGUGGUAAAAUGUUAGUCCUGUCCGCGACAGAUUGAGAGACAAGAAGCACUAUUAUUAUUAUCAUUGUUGUUGUUGUUAUGAUUAUUAUAACUCAUAUUAACGAAAGCGGGUUGCAUAGUGCCUUGCAUAGAUACAUAGGAUAAAGUUGAGAAAAGACACUUGUGUAAAUUAAGUAAGUCAAUG